UCCGCGGAGCGGGUGCGGAACGCGGAGCUCCCGACGGCGCGGCCACCCGGCGCCCCCCGCGCCCCGCGCCCCGCACCGCGCUCCCCGCCUGGCCCCGCGGCCACCCCCGCGCGCAGCCUCGGCCCCGCCGCCCGCUCCCCGCCCCGUCCCGCGCUCACCGCGCGAUGCGUCUCGGCGUCGCCUGGGCGCUGCUGGCGGCCGCGGCCCUGGGGCUCGGGGCGCGCGGGGUGCGCGGCGCGGUGGCGCUCGCCGACUUCUACCCGUUCGGCGCGGAGCGCGGCGACGCCGUCACCCCCAAGCAGGACGACGGCGGCUCGGGGCUGCGGCCGCUCUCGGGGCCCUUCCCGUUCUUCGGCGCCCGGCACUCCGGACUCUUCGUAAACAACAACGGGAUCAUCUCCUUCCUGAAGGAGGUUUCUCAGUUCACCCCAGUGGCCUUCCCCAUCGCCAAGGACCGCUGUGUGGUGGCGGCCUUCUGGGCAGAUGUGGACAACCGGCGUGCAGGCGACGUGUACUACCGGGAGGCCACCGACCCAGCCACGCUGCGCCGAGCCACGGAGGAUGUCAGGCGCUACUUCCCCGAGCUCCCGGACUUCUCCGCCACCUGGGUUUUUGUCGCCACCUGGUACCGAGUGACCUUCUUUGGCGGCAGUUCCUCAUCCCCUGUCAACACGUUCCAGACUGUGCUCAUCACAGACGGCAAGCUCUCCUUCACCAUCUUCAACUACGAGUCCAUCACGUGGACCACAGGCACACAUGCCAGCAGCGGGGGCAACGCCACUGGCCUGGGGGGCAUCGCAGCCCAGGCUGGCUUCAACGCAGGCGACGGGCAGCGCUAUUUCAGUAUCCCCGGCUCGCGCACAGCGGACAUGGCCGAUGUGGAGACCACUACCAACGUGGGUGUGCCCGGGCGCUGGGCGUUCAGAAUCGAUGAUGCCCAGGUGCGCGUGGGGGGCUGCGCCCAUACAACCUCCGUGUGCCUGGCCCUGCGCCCCUGCCUCAACGGUGGCAAGUGCAUUGAGGACUGCGUCACAGGCAACCCCUCCUACACCUGCUCCUGCCUCUCGGGCUUCACUGGGCGGAGGUGCCACCUGGACGUGAACGAAUGUGCCUCCCAGCCGUGUCAGAACGGUGGGACCUGCGCUCACGGCAUCAACAGCUUCAGCUGCCAGUGCCCGGCUGGCUUUGGGGGACCUACCUGUGAGACAGCCCAGUCCCCCUGUGAUACCAAAGAGUGUCACAAUGGUGGCCAGUGCCAGGUGGAGAGGGGCUCUGCGGUGUGCAUGUGCCAGGCUGGAUAUACGGGAGCCGCCUGCGAGACAGAUGUGGAUGACUGCAGCUCUGAGCCCUGCCUGAAUGGAGGCUCCUGUGUUGACCUCAUGGGGAAUUACACCUGCUUGUGUGCAGAGCCCUUCACGGGACCUCACUGUGAGACAGGACACCACUCGGUUCCCGACGCCUGCCUCUCGGCCCCUUGCCACAAUGGGGGCACCUGUGUGGAAGCAGACCAGGGCUACGUGUGCGAGUGCCCUGAAGGCUUCAUGGGCCUGGACUGCAGGGAGAGAAUCUCCAAUGGCUGUGAGUGCCGCAAUGGAGGCAGAUGCCUGGGCACCAACACUACCCUCUGCCAGUGCCCCCCAGGAUUCUUUGGGCUACUCUGUGAAUUUGAAAUCACAGCCAUGCCUUGCAACAUGAACACACAGUGCCCGGACGGGGGCUACUGCAUGGAGCAUGGCGGGAGGUACCUCUGUGUCUGCCACACCGACCACAACGCCAGCCACUCCCUGCCAUCACCCUGCGACUCGGACCCCUGCUUCAACGGAGGCUCCUGUGAUGCCCAUGGCGACUCCUACACCUGCGAGUGCCCGCGAGGGUUCCACGGCAAGCACUGUGAGAAAGCCCGGCCACACCUGUGCAGCUCAGGGCCCUGCCGGAAUGGGGGCACGUGCAAGGAGGCGGGCAGUGAGUACCACUGCAGCUGCCCCUACCGCUUCACCGGGAGGCACUGUGAGAUAGGGAAGCCAGACUCGUGUGCCUCUGGCCCCUGUCACAACGGUGGCACCUGCUUCCACUACAUUGGCAAAUACAAAUGUGACUGUCCCCCAGGCUUCUCCGGGCGGCACUGCGAGAUAGGACCCUCCUGCAUUCUGGCAGCCCCCUCCCCCUGCUUCCGGAGCCCGUGUGUGAAUGGGGGCACCUGUGAGGACCGAGGCGUGGACUUCUUCUGCCACUGCCAAGCUGGGUACAUGGGACACCGGUGCCAGGCAGAGGUAGACUGCGGCCCCCCGGAGGAGGUGAAGCACGCCACGCUGCGCUUCGACAGCACACGGCUGGGCGCAGUGGCCCUCUAUGCAUGUGACCGCGGCUACAGCCUGAGCACCCCCAUUCGCAUCCGGGUCUGCCAGCCACAGGGUGUCUGGAGUGAGCCUCCCCAGUGCCUCGAAAUUGACGAGUGCCGGUCGCAGCCGUGCCUGCAUGGAGGCUCUUGCCAGGACCGCGUCGCUGGGUACCUGUGCCUCUGCAGCGCUGGCUAUGAUGGUGCCCACUGCGAGCUGGAAAGGGAUGAGUGCCGAGCUCAGCCCUGCAGAAACGGAGGCUCCUGCAGGAACCUCCCGGGGACCUUUGUCUGCCAGUGCCCUGCAGGCUUCGCUGGAGUCCGCUGUGAGACAGAGGUGGACGCCUGCAACUCCAGCCCCUGCCAGCACGGAGGCCGGUGUGAGAGCGGCGGCGGGGCCUACCUGUGCGUCUGCCCAGAGGGCUUCUUCGGCUACCACUGCGAGACAGUGAGCGACCCCUGCUUCUCCAGCCCCUGUGGGGGCCGUGGCUACUGCCUGGUCACCAACGGCUCCCACAGCUGCACCUGCAAAGUGGGCUACACGGGCAAGGACUGCGCCAAAGAGCUCUUCCCACCAACGGCCCUCAAGAUGGACAGAGUGGAGGAGAGUGGGGUCUCCAUCUCCUGGAACCCGCCCGACGGCCCAGCAGCCAGGCAGAUGCUGGACGGCUACGCGGUGACGUACGUCUCCUCCGAUGGCGCCUACCGCCGCACGGACUUUGUGGACAGGAGCCGCUCCUCACACCAGCUCCGGGCCCUGGCGGCUGGCAGGGCCUACAACAUCUCCAUCUUCUCGGUCAAGCGCAACACCAACAACAAGAAUGACAUCAGCAGGCCUGCGGUGCUGCUGGUCCACACGCGACCCCGCCCUGUGGACGGCUUCGAGGUCACCAAUGUCACAGCCAGCACCAUCUCGGUGCAGUGGGCCCUGCACAGGAUCCACCAUGCUACCGUCAGUGGGGUCCGCGUGUCCAUCCGCCACCCUGAGGCCCUCGGGGACCAGGCCACCGACGUGGACAGGAGUGUGGACAGGUUCACCUUUGGGGCCCUGCUGCCUGGGAGGAGGUACACCAUCCAGCUGACCACCCUCAGUGGGCUCAGGGGAGAGGAGCACCCCACGGAGAGUCUGGCCACUGCGCCAACACACGUGUGGACCCGGCCCCUGCCUCCAGCAAACCUGACCGCCACCCGAGUCACAGCCACCUCUGCCCAUGUGGUCUGGGAUGCUCCGACUCCAGGCAGCCUGCUGGAGGCUUAUGUCAUCAAUGUGACCACCAGCCAGAGCGCCAAGAGCCGCUACGUCCCCAGUGGAAAGCUGGCAUCCUACACGCUGCGAGACCUGCUGCCGGGGCAGCGGUACCAGCUCUCCGUAACGGCGGUGCAGAGCACGGAGCAGGGGCCGCUGCACAGCGAGCCUGCCCACCUGUACAUCAUCACCUCCCCCAGUGACGGCACUGACAGACGCUGGCACCAGGGAGGGCACCACCCUCGGAUGCUCAGCAACAGACCACCCCCAGCACGCCUGCCGGAACUGCGCCUUCUCAACGACCACAGUGUCCUCGAGACCCCUACCCAGCCUCCCAGGUUCUCGGAGCUUGUGGACGGCAGAGGAAGAGUGAGCGCCAGGUUCAGCGGCUCCCCCAGCAAAGCAGCCACCGUGAGAUCACAACCCACAGCCAUGGCACAGCUCGAGAACACAGAGGAAGCCCCCAAGCAGGUCAGCCUGGCCCUCCAGCUCCCUGAGCAGAGCGACAAGGACAUCGAAAACGCCCCUGGGAACUGUUCAGAAAACCCCUGUCAGAAUGGAGGCACCUGCAUACCAGGCACGGACGCCCACAGCUGUGACUGCGGGCCAGGGUUCAAAGGCAGACGCUGUGAGCUUGGUAUAAAAGAGUCUACAGAGUUCACCAAGACAUCUGCUUCAAAGAGAGCUGUGAAAGCACGAGCAGCAAGAAAGCCCCAAACAGGAAACAAAGUAAGAGUCAGACACUGGAGAAAUCUUAAGGAUUUAAGACGUUCUUGUUACACUCCACCAACCUCAAAAGUUUCUAAAACCCAGGAAGAUGAGGUCUCAAAACUGGAUGAAAAAGGACACCCUGAGAGAAAAGGUCCUAGCUGGAGUCAGUCCCCUCUGUGACCGUUCUCCUCAGGCCUCUAGAAGACACAUGGCCAGGACUGUGCACGCACCAGCCCGCCCUGAGACCCGGCUCUGGCACCAGCCACCUAUGAGUCCUGCGAAGCAUUUCAGCAGCCUGUGCUGUCACCCAGGCUGCAGUUCCUGAAGGUGUGGUCCAUGCCUCUGCAGAUGAGAUGACAGCCACCAUUACCCCGGAUCAGCAAGGCUGUAGACCACACUCUGCAGUACUCAGAAACCUGUUCUUUGACUCCAAAGCCAGAGAAAGAAUUCUGCCUUUGAGGCCUAACAAAUUGAGAAGGAAUCAUGUUGGACUGCUUCCAAAACAGACAGGGCAGGGGCCAAAAAGCAGAGACCAGGCGGUGCUGGACGGAAAGCUGAGGUGCAGACAUAGCCACCCUGCUCUGCUCCUUCGGCGUGUUUCUGACGCUCCUGCAGGGUGAGGAGCCAUUGUAUGGACUAGUAGAGGAAAUGUUAACAUAAGGAGUUCAGACACUUUUCAUCUACAGUGGAGCUGGCAGCCUUUCUCUGUAAAGGGUCAGACAGUAAAUAUUUUCAGCUUUGCAGACCAAAGGUCCCUGUGGCUACAGUAGCACAGACACAGCCACAGGCAUGUAAUUGAAUGACUGGGUUCCAAUAAAAGCCUACUUACAAUAACGGGCAGUGGCCAGGUUGGCCCAUGGGCCAUAUUUGGUGAACCCUGUUCUAUGAGAUCAUCUCGGCUUCAGCCUUAAACAGUGGAAGCCAUCUCCUGAAUAACAAGUCACAAAGGCAUCAAAGACCCCUGAGUUUUCAUGGAAAAAAGCUAUCGAGCCCCCUGCUUGGAAAGCUGAGGCACACAGCCACACAGCAGCAAGGACUCCUCACAAGUCUCAGCGCAACAGGGAUGGACGCCUGGGCUGGCUGCACAAUGUUCAAGUUCCUUUCAGUCCAUGACUCAAGAAACGCUGUGUCAGGCUAUCAGGCGGUCAGCAUGAUCUUAGACACGCCAUCUUCACAAGCAGGACAGUGCAUCACCUCACAUCUGCUUCCCACCCUGCUUCUAGGCAGCUGUCCGUUACAACCAAAGAGGCCAGUGCCACCUCCUCGCGUGUUGAGCCUCAUGAGAGCUGACCUAGCUGGAAAGCAAGCACCCUGCCGCAUCUCCCUGACUCUGCUCAGAGCCAGCAUUCCAGCCACAAAGAGGGCCUCCUUCCUUUUGUCUUUUAUAAACAUGUUUUUUUAAGAGUUAGAGUAUAUUUUAGGCUUUUUAUCUUUAUUAAAAUUUCAUGUGCAUCUGUCUGUGUAUUCUGCAGUCUGUCAUUUUCAGAGAGAAGGAACAGGCAAUUCGAGAAGUUUCACCUGUACUCCCAAAAUGUUCCCCAGUCUCCAGACCCACUUGAGAACAGAAGGCAGAGCUCAAUGCAGGGUCUCCAGCUCAGUGAAGGGUCACUGGGUGAACUGAGAGAAAACCACGUACACAAACACGUACUGCUGACUUCCUGCAGCCUGGGACCCGUCACUGUUCAUCCAUGUAAGCUCCAGCAUUCCUAGCAGAUGUAAGAUCGAGUGCUAUCACUGGAAAUGUAGGCGAAUCUUUCUACUCCCUACUAGGACCUCAAGCCCCUCAGCCACACAGCAAAUGCUAAUAUGCUCCAAGUGUCAGCUUGGAAGUCUCUGUGUCAACGAGAACUGGCUCCUGAGUCCCAGGCUUGGUGCUGUGCUGACAGGACUCGUCCACGGGGAGGCUUUACACAUUAACUAUCUAGUGAGAAGACUUCCUGGUGCUCAGGAAUGAGUUGAUUCCUGAAACAUUCCAAAGAGGCCACCACAGCUUUUCUCACAUGGCUUCUUUUAAAAACUCUAACGGCGUCCUUGAAAAUACUCAAAAGUCCACCCAAGGAAAUUAGUAAGAGUAGAAUCAGAAAGUUGUCAGGAGCAUAAAGGUUUAUUUUUGUAUCAAAAUGAAAGCAGCAGUCGUGAGUUGCUGAAUUACCCAUUUGCUAAUGAAACUGGGAUGUACUGAUCAUCUAAGCGAGUGCGGAUUGAGGAUUCUUAGUCCUCCCGUUGGGCACGAGAACAACAGCCCAGGUUCCGGGACAAGUGGCAGUCAUUGGGAAGCCAUAACCGAAGAGAAAACGAAAACACUGGCACAGUGAAAUGUCUUCAUUUCCAGUUCUGCCUAUGGCCAGCAAGGCAAGACAAACUCCCCCUUUUGCCCACGGCAUGUGAGCUGCCAGGUACAGGUAAGGGGCUCUCUGCUGUGCCCACUGUCCUCCAGUGGAGAACCUAGCAGGCAAGGGCCCCAGUGAAGUGCCAGCUCACCUGCACCUCCCCUCAGCAGGAACUCCUUCCACUGGCAGUCAACUGCCACUGCAUCUGACUCAACCCUGGCAAUGUGGAGGGAAUCACUGAGCUGCUUCUCUUUUGCAAAACAAAAGUCUUUUUCUUUGCAGUCACGCUCCAAGAGGAGGCUGCUGGAGAAAACAAAAGCACCCAGACUUCAGUGCUGAAUCCCCACACUAGCAUGCAGCUCACAUCUACCAAGGGUAUUCCCGUGCAUAGGGGAAAGGAGCCCUGCUGAAAACCCAGCUAUUUAUUUCUCUUUUAAAUAAAAUAAUACAACUAUUCUAAGUCCAUUUACAAUCUGAAGUUGUCAUGAGUGAACGGUCACAUUACUUUAUUAGACCAGGCCUUAGAUGAGUUUCUCAGGCUCAGCACUGACCUUUUGGGCUGGAUCAUUCUCUCUUGUGGGGCCAUCCUGAGCACUGUAGUGUUUUACAGCAUCCCUGGAUCCUAGAAUCUAACCCACUGGAAUCCUAGAAUCUAAUAGAUCCUAGAAUGCUACCAAGGAGACUGGAAUUUUGCUCCCAUCACCAAAAAUGCUUUCUGCAACAAUCCUGUCAGUUUCUCCUAAGGGCUACCUGGAAUGUUCUAGGGUGUACCAGUCCUCCAGGACCCUCUUAGACCUCAUGCCAUCAAAGACAGGCCUCUACCUCAGGGACCACCCCUGGCUUAGAUCAAAUUCCUCUUCUCUGUUCCCAGCAUUUCAGACUGUUCUUUACUCUCAGUUCCCUAAGGUGACAGCCCCCACCUUAGGGGUCAUGGAGAGCUCCCUGUGGCCCUGGCUUCAGCCCACCUGCCUUUCUCUGGUUCUCAAAGCCCAUCUGUAACCCGGGCAGGGGAGGCGACUGUACAGGAGCAUUCCCCAGCCUCCACCUGCCUCAGCACUCUCCAGGCCAGCACAGUGGCAAUGCAGACUACAGGGCCGGAGACAUCAGGCCCAGAGGUGACCGACCACUGGCCAAGGGCUGGCAUAAAAGCCAGCUUCCCCGGACGGGAAGGGCCUUUUUUUUAUUCACAAAGAUAAAACUGCCGCAGUGUUUUGCUGGCCUUGAGGCGCUGGGCAAAUUAACAAGCACAUCACAGAUCAACUUCCUUUCACUCUGCUGCACGCUGAAUGCCAUUAUGAAACAAUAUACUUUUGGAUUAAAAACAAAUAUUUUUGUGGAAAUCCUGCUACAUGUUUUCAUAAAAUAAAGUGCUAUGAUGUACUAAAACCUCA